GAGGAGAGUGUCGGUGAGCGUAAGACCUCCUCUCGGAAUAUCUCUUUGCGUUUUACACCCAUUUAUUCUGUACUUUGUGCCGCUACUUCACAGUUUGUGUGGUGCGAUGAGAAGACAGCUGUCGCACACUAGCUUUCCAAAGAAGCGUCACGGGACGCGUCUCAAAUAAUCCACUUGGACUGAAGCGCACUGCGAGGUGGCGCACCCUGCUCGCUGCCUCCGUGAACUUCCUCUGUUGCGUUUGACGAUAUUUUGAACACUGCAUCUCACCUCAUUCAGCUAUCAACAAACUAUUUUUUUUAACAUCCCGAAUCGUUCCAGAAAAUCAUGGAAACUAACCCUAUACCCAUUUUGACUAUCCAAACUACCCCAUUCGAUGACCAGAGACCAGGGACGAAUGGGCUGCGAAAGAAGACAGCGGUUUUCGAAAGUAAAAAGAACUAUCUGCAAAAUUAUAUCCAAAGUUUGCUGUCCUCCAUCGACUUGAGGGACCGUCAGGGAUGCACUAUGGUGGUGGGCAGCGAUGGAAGAUACUUCAGCCGGGCUGCAACUGAAGUCAUCGUUCAAAUGGCAGCUGCCAACGGGAUUGGCCGUCUGGUAAUUGGACACAACGGGAUCCUUUCCACCCCAGCGGUCUCCUGCAUCAUCAGGAAGAUAAAAGCCAUUGGUGGAAUCAUCCUCACUGCAAGCCACAGUCCAGGAGGCCCAGGAGGAGACUUUGGGAUCAAAUUUAAUGUCGCUAAUGGAGUCCAGAUGAAAGAUGAAAAGGGGGUUGCUAAGGCUAUGAAGGUGGCACUUUAUGAAACUCCCACAGGCUGGAGAUUCUUUAGCAACCUGAUGGAUUCUGGGAGGUGUUCUUUCUGUGGAGAGGAGAGCUUUGGAACAGGUUCAGACCACAUCCGAGACAAAGACGGCCUGUGGUCAGUUCUGGUAUGGUUGUCCAUCCUGGCAGUGCGUAAGCAGGGGGUGGAAGAAAUAGUGAGAGAUCACUGGGCCAAAAUGGGACGCAACUACUUCUGCAGGUUUGACUAUGAAGGGGUGGACAGCAGGGCAGCGUAUUACCUCAUGAGAGAUCUGGAAGCUGUUAUCAUUGAUAAAGCGUUUACCACUCAGAAGUUUUCUGUGGGCAAUAACAUCUACAGUGUGGAGAAGGCUGAUAAUUUUGAGUACAUUGACCCAGUGGACGGCAGUGUGUCCAGGAAACAGGGCCUAAGGAUCAUCUUCACAGACUCGUCCCGAAUCAUCUUCCGGCUCAGUGGUUCUGGUGCUGGAACCGGGGCCACUGUUCGCAUCUACGCCGAGAGCUACGAGAGAGACCCAGAGAGACACAACAGAGAGACUCAGGUUGUGCUGGGUCCUCUCAUUGCCAUUGCUCUGAAAAUCUCCAACAUCCACGAAAGAACUGGACACAGAGGCCCCAAUGUGAUCACCUGAGACCAAUCCAGCACUGCACAUCAGGGGCCAAAAUCACUUUCCUCACUCAUCUGAUCCUUU